AUGGAGCCAUCCACGAAACGGCAAAAGACGGCCCACGAGGUCGGGCUGAUGAGGGAUAGCGGCUUCAUUGGGAGCGCGUCUGGGGUCCAUUUCAUUCAAACAGUUUAUGGUACAGCAGAUGGGGCAGCUCACCAUCUAGUCCCUGGCGAAGACGAUGCACUCCUGCCAACUCGGUCGAUCUGGCUGCCCGACGAGGUUUCUGACGCGCCUUUCUCUUUCGUCGACCUUGCUCGGUGGACGGCACCAUAUUUCGAGCACUGGCACCCUUGUUUCCCGCAUCUCCAUGCACCAUCGAUCCUUGCUGCAAUGGAGUCUUAUCCUCAGAUUGACACGUAUGACGCCAUCAUAUUGAGAUCGAUAAUGUCCAUCAGCCUAGCAGACCUCAGGCCAGGCGCUCGUCAGCCGGCUCCGCGACAACUUCUCUUCGACACAUUCGAUGAAGCUCUAGAAAGCAUCCAACCGGCCAUCUCGAGACCUCCGACGCUGAAAAGCAUCCAGGCAUUAUUGACGGUACAGACGUUCCUGAUAUCAAUGCUUCGACUGAAUGCUGCUUCCAGAGUCGGCGGCUUGGUCAUCAGAAUGGCGUACCAGAUGGGUAUUCAUCGCUGUCCAGCUCGGUACUCCUCGUUCACAGCAGAGGAGGCUUCUAUGAGACGUCGAAUUUUCCACUCAAUGUACUGCUUGGAUCGCAUCAUAUCGCACUCCCUAGGUCUACCACUGACCAUCAGAGAUGACGAUGUUGACGUCUGCGAUUUCGAGCAUGAAGAGCAUGGAACGUCUCCUGCGAUGGACCACAGACUCAAAAUGCUGAUGUUGCUGUCUAGGCAAGCGAGGAUUCGAGGGAAAAUCAUGGAAUUGCGCAAUAAGAACGUACCGCACCGUGACAGAAGCGCCGACGCUCCCACACUGAUCAAAAUCGAACUGACGCGUUGGUGGAACGAAGUCGACGACUGUCUGGAUCAAGAUAACUUUUCGGCCCUGCAACGGACCAUUCUGGGCGUGCUUCGCAACGAGUGUAUCAUUACUCUCAACAGACCACUGCUGGCAUUAUCAAAGUCAAGUGCGAGCUACAUGGCAGGACUUCAGUCGUGUAUUGCGGCUUCGAAGGCUAUCAUAUCGGCUCUACACAGCUUUGGGGGCCCUCUCGUGUGGCCCUCCUUUACGUGGGCAGUUUGGAUGAGCUGCUUCAUCAUCAUAUUUGCUGCUUCCGAAGGACAGAUCGCCACUGAAGUUGCUGUGAGAUUAACAGAGAGAGCAGGCAAAGUGCUUGGUACACUCGGCCUGAGAGGCACAGUAUGGCCGGAUGCGUGCGCAACUGCGGUUGAAAAGCUCCGGCAGUCUCUGAUCAACCAAUCUACACCUUCUCGGGCGUUCGCAACCACACUUGGCUUCGCGAUUCCUCAGAGUCCACCUGGGCAGGAAGAAGCCGCACAGCCUGCCAAUGGCUCCCAAGCGCUAGACACGGGACGCUUGGCGGACAUCAAUGCGAACCCGGGCCAAGAGCAAAUUCCAGCGGAUGCCCAACCUGAUCUCACUGGCGGACAAACUCAGCCGGUCAUCAUGGACAUGCCUCGGGAUCAGAUGUCGUUUAACACGAACGAAUAUGAUCCUUUCCAAGGCUUUGACAUUCCGUUCUGGGUUGGUCAGGAUCACUACGCUGCUUGGUCGAGCACUAUGUAA